AUGAUCCACACUCUCAAAUCUAAGAGGGGCCGUGGUGGUCUGAUGGCAAUUAAUCUCGAUAUGGAAAAAGCUUUUGACAAGAUGGAAUGGUCUUUUCUACUGGCUAUUCUUCAUAAGCUUGGCUUUUACUCUCGUUGGAUCAACUGGGUUCGUCUAUGUAUCUCCACUUCUUCUUUCUCUGUUCUGUUGAAUGGCAGCCUUUUUGGAUUAUUUUCUCCAUCCCGGGAACUUAGACAAGUUCAAGCAGCGGUGAUUCGGAACUCUUCUGGUACUAUUACCCAUUGUACCUCACUUAUCAGUCCUCCUUGCACUGCAGUUAUUGGUGAAGCUCUUGCUGCGCUACUGGCUAUAAAAUUGGCUAUUUCUACACAUGCGACUUCCUUUAUUCUUGAAGGGGAUUCUACAACAGUCACUCUGGCUCUUCAGAAUCCUUUGAUAAAAAAAGACUGGCGUAUUGCUGCUACUGUUUCUAUGAUUCACUCUCUCAUUCCAUCCACAACUAGUUGGUCUGCUAGUUCUGUCAACCGAAGUGCAAAUUUCUGUGCCCAUCAUGUGGCAAAAUGGGCCGCAUCCAAAUUUUUUUCUGGAUGCAUUCCCGUAUCUUCUUUUUCUUUAGGAUCCUUUUCCUCCUGUUUUGGAAAAGUUUCAUCUGGUUCUUUUUUAGUCCAUUAA